CAUAAGUCACCAUGUCCAUAAAUGACAAAUCUUUUUUGCUAUUGAAUUGCUGCCUACCUUGCCCUUAAAAAAGAAAAGAAAAAAAAAAUGUGAGCUUUCAGGGCCAGUGCUGUGCUAUACAUGUACAAUCUUUUUUUCUAAUCCAUGUUGUGUCCUGGGACGCAACAGUCCCAGGGAAAUAACCAUGAUAUAGUUCUCUUGAGCAAAAGGCCUUUUGGGUUGUCUCCAAAGGCUGCACCUAAACUCUUAUGCAAGUGCACUUGGGCUCUCUGCCCAACAGUUUGGAAACUCGCAGGCUACAGUUGUAAGCUCACAAGAAACGAAGCUUUAGCGAGAUGCCAAAUGCUGACAAUUGCCUAAGGUACUAAUGGAACAUUAAAGUAAGAAUGGAGUGGGGGUGGACAUUCUCACAUUUUACCUGUCCCAUUAUGUUUGCAUGUGUUCCUGCAAGUUCUCAUUCCGGAACUGAAGGAGAAGCCUAGUUGUAAAGAUUAAAAAAUGCCGCCCGCAACAACGACGCAGUACGCUCCCCCGGACGGUGGAUGGGGUUGGGUCGUGGUCUUUGGCAGUUUCAUCUCCAUUGGAUUUUCUUACGCAUUCCCUAAAGCCAUCACAGUCUUCUUCAAGGAGAUACAGGAGAUCUUCGGCACAUCAUAUAGCCAGAUAGCUUGGAUAUCAUCGAUCAUGUUGGCUGUCAUGUAUGCAGGAGGCCCCAUAAGCAGCGUCCUGGUGAACAAAUAUGGCAGCCGGCCAGUCAUGAUUGCGGGAGGGGUCCUGGCUUCAUUUGGAAUGGUUAGCUCUUCAUUCUGCAACAGUGUCCUAGAGCUCUAUAUCUGCAUAGGUGUCAUUGGAGGUUUGGGCUUGGCAUUCAACUUGCAGCCAGCAUUGACAAUGAUUGGCAAGUAUUUUUACAAAAAACGCCCCAUUGCUAACGGACUGGCCAUGGCUGGGAGUCCAGUGUUUCUAAGUACUCUGGCACCUCUCAAUCAGUAUCUCUUCAAUGUUUUUGGCUGGAAGGGAAGCUUCCUCAUUUUGGGAGGGCUUCUUUUGAACUGUUGCGUGGCCGGGUCUCUUAUGAGGCCUGUUGGACCCACACCAGCACCUGCAGUCAAAAAAGACCUAGAAAAGGGGAAAGGAGAUUCUGCCUUGCACAAGAACGACAAGAAAUCCGUCUGGCAAACCAUCAACACAUACUUAGAUCUCUCCCUCUUCAAACACAGAGGGUUUCUGAUUUAUCUAUCUGGAAAUGUCAUCAUGUUCCUUGGCUUUUUUGCCCCCAUUGUAUUCUUAGCUCCUUAUGCCAAGCACAAGGGGAUCGAUGAAUAUUCUGCUGCGUUUCUCCUCUCCAUCCUGGCUUUUGUUGAUAUGUUUGCCAGGCCGUCCAUGGGCUUGCUCGCAAACUCCAAAUACAUACGGCCCAAAAUCCAAUACUUCUUUAGUUUCGCCGUUUUGUACAAUGGCAUCUGCCACAUCAUGUGCCCGCUGGCCGAAGACUACACAGGCUUGGUCGUGUAUGCAGUACUUUUUGGACUUGCCUUCGGCAUGGUCAGCAGUGUCCUUUUUGAGACCCUCAUGGAUUUGGUUGGUGCUAGCCGGUUCUCCAGUGCUGUAGGACUCGUCACCAUUGUGGAGUGCUGCCCUGUUCUUUUAGGCCCUCCUUUGGGAGGUUUGCUUGUGGACAUAACGAAAGAUUACAAAUACAUGUAUUUUGUCUGCGGUGUCAUUGUCAUCGUUGCAAGCAUCUGGCUAUUUAUUGGCAACGCGAUCAACUACAGACUUUUGGCAAAGGAGAAGAGAGCGGAAGAGGAGAGGCAAAGAGCCCUUAAGCAUGCCGAUUCCAAGGAAGUGGAGCCCUUGACCCACAAAGAGAGCGAAGAGACGGUCAGCAGAUCGAGCAAACUGCAAGACAACCUGUCAGAAAGAGAAACUAAUAUUUAAUGUGCGCGCACGCACACAAAAAAAAGAUAUGGUUCAAAUACUCAUAUUUAUAACUUCCAUUAGAAGUAUUUCUUCAAAGUACAGGCCAGGUUUUUAUAGAAAUAAUAAUCAGUCGCAAUUCUGAAAGGGGGGGGGGCAUAAAAUCCGUCGCUUAGAUCCCAAUCCUUCCCCUUCCAUGGAGAGAGAGAGAGAGAGAAGGUGCAGAGGGAUUCACUGUAGAACAGCAUCGUAAUUUCUCUCUCUCCCACUGUGCUGUCUCAGAAAAAGGUAACCAUGGUGCGUUUAGAUUAUCUGAAACUCUUGUAUUUAGGGGGGUUGGGGGGAGCUCUUUAGAAGGGAAUGCUUCGAAAAGUGGUAAGCUAGAUCCGCUGCAUUUGGGACCCCUCCUGCUCAUUGGUAUUCCCGGAGGCCAAAGCCUGGCCCUCACAGUUUCGAUGUCUGUAACAUGGCCAACCACUCACAGCUAAGUGAAGCCUUUCUGCACCUUGCCUGAACCAUCUAGCACCUUGAAGCUCCUCAGAUGCAAAGUCUGUAUCCACCAGCAGUACAGAAGUAGCACGGUGCAGCAAGGGCGUAGGUUACGCUGUAGUCCUCCGUGGACCCAGACCCCAUUCUGUCCUCCGUGCAGGGACGGAAUAGGAUUGAGGCAUUAUACUGUGUUUUGUUUUGGUGUCAAAAGUAUUAGGUCUCCUGUUUUUAACUUGGUGUGAGUGAGUCCGUUCAAAUGCUGACUCGAAUCAGGGUAGAACUUGGACGGCAAGGUCUUCCAAAAACAAACAAACGAUUCCUGCUUCAAACAUGUGUCUAAUGCAAAAAUAGGUGGUUGUCUAGGAAUGGAAAACAAAGGUCUUAAUCCUUCAGGUAUUGAUCAAUGCCUAUUGACCUCUUCGCAUGGUAUGUUUUGGGUCAGGAGGAGGAAAGAAGGUGAAAACAUGAUUUUAAAAACGAAAGGUUACUGUUAACAGCUACCUGAGCAAAAAGCGCACAAAGCAAAUUACUCUUUCAUAGGGAACUUUCAGUGGAUCAAAAGCUGUUUUCUUUCUGAUCAAAUUUUACUAUGCGGAUUUUUCAAGGACAAACGAAAUCAGAUACAAGAACUGGUGGGUUUUAUUGCUAAGCGCAAUAAGUGUUUUAAUUGUGGCAAAUAAAGGGCCAUUUCCCUCUGCUGUAAUAGAUUUAACACUAUAAUAUUUGCAGCCUGAUCCUAAGACUUGCAAAAUAACACUUGGGAUGGGUUGUGUCCAACUGCUGCAUUGUUGCAAUAUCACAAAUACUUACAUAUGCUGACCCAGACGUUUAGGAUCAGGGUAUAACUUCUGAACAACACGUUGCCUUGUGCUCAUCACUGUAUUCCAGACAUGUUUUAAAUCUGUUUUACAUUUGUAGUUGUCACUGCCACUUUACCCAGUUACCUCUGCUCUUGAGAUUUUGGACUCAAAAGUGUAUUUAGAUACGCAAAACUGACCCCCCGCUAACAAAAUUCCUGCCAAGUAGGAGUUAGGGCAAAUCUACACUGGUCGGUUAUAAUGUUAAAAAUACAUUAUAAAAAUGUGACACCAGAGGGUGCUGCAGAGCAGCGAUCCAUUGGCAAUGGGAAAUUGCAUUGAGAGCUAUGUAACUUUUUAAUAGCGUUUAAUAGCGUUUUUCAGAUCAGUGUAGAUCCAGCCUUAGUCCUUUACUACUAUAGACCAUGUGUGCUCAGGCAUUCAUAGGGCUAACAGGGACCAGAUAAAAUAAAUGUGGGAGCUGUAUACAACCUAAUUGGCCAUCCUGGAUUUCCCCCCGCUGUCAAUAUCAGAGACAGUAAGCUUUUUCGUCUGUGUAGGUAGAUCAAAUUAUUUGAAGGCCAAAGAAAUCUGGCGGUUAUCAGUUCCUUAUGGACCAACUUGGUCCGGAGAUUCAAAGCUAGUCAGUUGUUUCAGCCCAGUGUCCACAGAAAUGUACCUAUUGGUCAUGCAGAACAUUUCCCAACACUGAUGAAAUUGAAGUAGCACCAGAUCAGGUCAAAGUAGUAUGUAUUGCAAUGGGUGUGUUUGUCAGUCUUUGCAAAUGAAGUCCUCAGCCUCAUCCCAGCUGCAUUUCUGAACUUAGCCUGGCCAAUGCAUCCCCUUCCAUAAGCCCCUUUCAGGUUAACAGUGCAUGUGGCCAGAUCCUUCCACCAUUUCUAAGACCAUGAUGGCAAUGCAAAGCAAAACUGUGUUGCGCUCAUGCAGAGUAUGAGGUGAAACGUGUGUUAUGCACUAUAGCAGGGUCAAGCGUUAUGUCCUGCAGAACACCACUUUAAAUGUAUUUCAGUCUUUCAUCUAUACAUAGCUGCCAAGUUAUCCCUUUUUUUAAGGGAUUUUCCCUUAUGCUGAAUAGGCUUCCUCGCGAGAAAAGGGAAAACUUGGCAGCUAUGCAUCUAUAAGGUCCUGUAAAACCCAGUAUUUGAUCUGCAUAUAGAUAGGCUGUUACAUUUUCCAUAGAAAAUGAAAAUGAGCCACCAAUUUACAGUGUGCUCCCCCGCCCAUUAUGCCUGCAGAAGGCAGCCAUUCUUUCAAAGAUGGACAAGAUGAACUGUAAUCCUUGUGAUUGACAUAUGCAAUACAUGCUGCUUAAACCAAGAACCAAAAAAGUAGGGUGCCCUCUCCAUUCUGUGCCCCUUUAGCAUGGAGUUUAAGCUUCCUGUCCAGGAGAGGGAAACUUGUUUUGCUUCGUGGAGCAAAGAGAAACUUGUUUUGCUUCGUGGAAGCAACAGCACCCAACCCUGUUUUUAAUAUGGAUCAUACUCAGGGUUUUUUUUUGCCAGCUGGAACCUUCUAGAACUCAGUUAUGGCACCUCUCAGGUGGUUGCCAUUGCCAUCCUAAGAGGUAUUGAUGAUGAGUUCUGGCACCUCUUUUUCUAGAAGAAUAGCGCUGAUCACACCCAAACAUCAGUUCACAAAUCUGGGGGACUUUGAAUGAAUAGGCAGGAUGGAGCAAAGGCGGGGGGGAGGUUGUCCUAUGUAUGGUAUAGCCCCUCUCCACCUGUAAUCUGCUAUACCAGCAAGAUAACUGAACAGCAGACUACCCUACACAUCCAAUGAGGCUUCUUUUUAAAGCAAGGGUUAUUUCAGUCCUAGGAAAAUGCUCUUCAUUGUGACAGGUGGAACCGGAGUGAAGGGUUGUAUAUUGCAGGGGUCCUAUUUGGGAUUACAAUGAAUCUUGUACCACACCCAUGGACUCCCUAUCAGUCGUGAAUAGGCCAACCACUUUCAGAGCUGGCGGUCAUGUUUUUCUUUGAUCAGAAUAUUUCCCCCAAAAUGCAAAGCUUUAUUUUUCCCCUAGAUGAGUGAAUAGGAGUCACUCACUCACAUAAGAAAAAAUUGUAGUGGUUUCUUCAAUGACAUAAUUGGGACGAGGGUUCAAUAUGAUCCUUGUUGAGCCCAGAUUCUGGGGUGAGGGACCGGUUUCACCUCUCCACUCUGCUAUGCUGUGGGUCAUUUAUUUUAUUCCAAAGAAAUCAAUUAGCAGCCUUCAAAAACCAAGCCAAACCUUAUCUGCAUAGCCCGACCCUUCACUUACUUACAUAUAUACCUUGGGUUCAUUAGCUUGAUGUGACACAUAAAUAUAUAUAGAUGGUUGCCACUUUUUUCUCCAUAUUAAGCCAUUAUUCAUAGUUAAGCACACAUGGUAUAAAUUAAGUGCAUUGCUGUUUCCCGCCUGCAAGGAAAAUUGUAAUUUGUUUUUUAAAAAACAAAAAAACCACACACAAAUCUCACAAUGAAUGUAGUUCAAGACAAUGUUUGUUUAAUAUAUGAGGAAGAGAAGCUGCAAAGCUCUCUGGUGGGUAUUUUAGAACAAAUGUUUUAGAAGUGAAAAUUCAGGGUUUGAUUCAUAAAAUAUGUAUGCACUGUUUAUGCAGCACUCCUUUCAGAAAAGUAGGAACGUUUUCAAAUUCAUUGAAGCUCUU